UUUAUCCAAGAUGGCUGCGCCCAGCAGAGUGACCAAAACUUGUAAUUACUACGUGGGAGAAAUAAAAAAGCAGCUUCGGCAUGGAUAUGGGCUCUAUGUUUAUGGAAAUACAUUUUUCCGAUAUGAAGGUGAAUGGAGGAGAGGAAAAAAGCACGGUCAAGGAAAACUUUUCUUUAAGGAUGGAAGCUACUAUGAAGGAGAUUUUAUGGAUGGGGAAAUUACAGGCAAUGGAUUGCGUUACUGGGCAUCAUCUGGAAAUACAUAUUCAGGGGAAUUUGAGAAUGGAGAACUUCAUGGCCAUGGUGUGAUGCAGUACAAAAAUGGAGGAACGUAUGAAGGAGAGUUUGUGUUCGGCAUAAGGGAGGGACAUGGUUUGUUGGUCGAUCAAGAGGGCCAGAAGUACAGCGGAGCUUUUCACAAAAACAAGAAAAAUGGAGACGGACACUUAACCUUUAAGAAUGGUGAUCAUUAUGAAGGUGGAUGGGUGCUGGACCAAAGACAAGGGCAUGGAGUAAUGCAUUUUGUUGAUGGAACCAUUUAUGAGGGACAGUGGAGAAAUGACGUGUUCAAUGGGCAAGGAACGAUGAUUCAUUACUCGGGUAUAAUUUAUGAUGGUCUAUGGAUCAAUGGCUAUCCUGCUGUUGCUGCCAAGAAAAUUGUUAUUGUUGGUGAAGAUGUAAUUGAUGUCAUGCAAGGAUCACCUGUAACUUUUAAUGUUCAGCUUCAUAAUGACGAAGGUGAAAUUGCCAAAGAUGAAACUGGACGUGCCUUGCAAAUUAGUGCCGGGAUAAAGUACUUUCCUGCAGUUAAAAAUCCAUCAACAAGUAUUCUAGAGUUAAUAGAAGAUAUGGAAGAGAAAACAUUCCAGACUCCAUAUGGCUAUGAAUGUAUCUACUAUCCUUUGAUAGACAAUACAUCAUGCAGCCAAGUCAACAUCCACAAUGAAUUUCCAUCAUCAAGGACUCCAGUACUUUCAGUGGACAAUGAGUUUGAUAACAGACUGGAUCCUAUAGAAGGGAUGGAAGAACAAUCUAAAAGUUUUGAUGAUAUACCGAAGUUCAUGGCCCCUGAAGAUAAUGAGUCUUUACCUGCCCUUAAAGUGAGAGCGGAAGCUGGCUGUGCUGUUUUUCAGGAUGUCGUGCUUGUAUCACCACCUGAGAGACUGCAACACUUUUUAACUGGGAACGAGACAGACAAGAAUAGAGGAAAAAAGCUAAGUGGUAAAAUAUCUGCUGAAAAAGCUGAGAAGAUGACAGUCUCGCAAGAUAAGAUUGAAGACAGCAGAUUAGAGUCAAUAGCAAAAGAUCGUAAACUUAAAAGAGAGCUCCAGGGGACGGAUAACGGCACUGUGAGACCAGGGGAAUACGUCAUCAUGGUUGAAGACGUUACCAUGCCACCAUUUUUUGGUCACACACUCCUUCCAGCAUUCAAACUCGUACGCGUUUUACCUGAAAAAAUAAAUGGAAAAAAUAACCAGAAAGGCACUCGCUGAGAUUCCAGUAUAUGAAUAGAGUCAGUUGAUAUAUUAACUUGGAAAACUUCAUAUUGUUGAUCUUUUUUUUUUUUUUUUAAAUAAAAUACU